AUGGCGCGGGGGCUGCGGCCGCUGGCGGGGGCGCUGCUCCUGCUCGAGGUGGCGGCCGCCGUCAGCUUCGUCCACCACCGCUACGAGGAGAUGGUGCAGGCCCUGUUCCGCGUGCAGAGCGAGUGUCCCUAUGUCACCCGCGUCUACAGCAUCGGCCGCAGCGUCGAGGGCCGGCACCUCUACGUGCUGGAGUUCAGCGACUACCCCGGCAUCCACGAGCCCCUGGAGCCGGAGUUCAAGUACGUCGGGAACAUGCACGGGAACGAGGUGCUGGGCCGCGAGCUGCUGCUGCAGCUCUCCGAGUUCCUGUGCGAGGAGUACCGCCGGGGCAGCGAGCGCGUCACCCGCCUCCUCCACGACACGCGCAUCCACAUCAUGCCCUCCAUGAACCCCGACGGGUACGAAGUGGCUGCCAAGCAGGGCCCGGACAGCAUCGGGUACUUGACGGGGAGGAACAACGCCAACGGAGUGGACUUGAACCGCAACUUUCCUGACCUCAACACGUUCAUGUACUACAGCGGGGAAAUCAGCGGGCCGAAUCACCACAUCCCGCUGCCUGACAACUGGAAAAGCCAGGUGGAGCCAGAGACAUUGGCUGUGAUUCAGUGGAUCGGCAGCUACAAUUUCGUGCUGUCGGCCAACCUGCACGGCGGAGCGGUGGUGGCAAACUACCCCUACGACAAAUCUCAGGACCAGCGGUUCAGGAGCCACCGGCGCACGGUCAACACUCCCACCCCUGACGACAAGUUGUUCCAGAAGCUGGCCAAGACGUACUCGUAUGCCCACGGCUGGAUGCACCGCGGCUGGAACUGUGGGGACUACUUCGCUGAUGGCAUCACGAACGGGGCGUCCUGGUACUCGCUCAGCAAAGGCAUGCAAGACUUCAAUUACCUCUACACCAACUGCUUUGAAAUCACCCUGGAGCUGAGCUGCAAUAAGUUUCCCCCCGAGAAGGACCUGGAGCGGCAGUGGAUGGCCAACCGGGAGGCGCUUGUUGCUUUCAUCGAAGAGAUUCACCAGGGCAUCAAAGGGAUGGUGUCAGACGAGAACAACAACGGCAUUGCAGGAGCAGUCAUUUCUGUCCAGGGAAUCAGCCAUGACGUUACGUCCGGCGAUAUGGGGGAUUAUUUCCGGCUGCUGCUGCCUGGCACUUACACUGUCACAGCCUCUGCAGAGGGCUACCAGCCCCAGACAGUGACAACAACAGUGGGCCCAGCUGAACCUUCACUGGUGCAUUUCCAGCUCAAACAAGAUGUGGUGAGGAAGCCCCCGGAGCGUAAAGCUUCAGGCACACGCACGAACAAUAAAACCCUUCAGAAGAAGGUAGUGCCAAGAGCCACCCGCCGGGGGACCCAGAGAUGA